GUGAGCGGGAGGGCGACGCAUGCGCGGGCGGCGGUGGCCUUAAGGGCGGCGGCAGCGCCGGGUGUCUCAGUCGGCCAGUCAGCCGGCUGGGAGGCGCGGUCCGGCGCUCGCGCGGCGACGACGACGACGACGGCUAUGGCGGCGGAGGAGGAGGAGGUGGACUCGGCGGACACCUGCGAGAGGUCAGGAUGGCUAACUGGUUGGCUUCCCACCUGGUGCCCUACAUCUACAUCACACCUUAAAGAAGCUGAAGAGAAAAUUUUAAAAUGUGUCCCCUGCACAUACAAGAAAGAACCUGUUUGUAUAUCGAAUGGGAAUAAGAUAUGGACACUGAAGUUCUCUCACAAUAUUUCAAACAAGACUCCACUUGUCCUCCUCCAUGGUUUUGGAGGAGGUCUUGGACUCUGGGCACUGAAUUAUGGAGAUCUUUGCAACGAUAGACCCAUCUAUGCCUUUGACCUGUUGGGCUUUGGACGAAGUAGCAGGCCCAGGUUUGACAGUGAUGCGGAAGAAGUGGAGAAUCAGUUUGUGGAAUCCAUCGAAGAGUGGAGAUGUGCCCUGGGAUUGGACAAAAUGAUCUUGCUUGGACACAACCUGGGUGGGUUCUUGGCUGCUGCUUACUCACUGAAGUACCCCUCAAGGGUUAAUCAUCUCAUUUUAGUGGAGCCUUGGGGUUUUCCUGAGCGGCCGGACCUUGCCGAUCAAGACAGGCCAAUCCCAGUGUGGAUCAGAGCCUUGGGAGCAGCACUGACUCCCUUUAACCCUUUGGCUGGCCUCAGGAUUGCAGGCCCCUUUGGCUUAAGUCUCGUGCAGCGUUUAAGGCCUGACUUCAAGCGGAAGUAUUCUUCAAUGUUUGACGAUGACACUGUGACAGAGUACAUCUACCACUGCAACGUGCAGACUCCAAGUGGUGAGACAGCGUUCAAAAAUAUGACCAUUCCCUACGGAUGGGCAAAAAGGCCAAUGCUCCAGCGAAUUGGCAAAAUGCACCCUGACAUUCCGGUUUCGGUGAUCUAUGGCGCCCGAUCCUGCAUAGAUGGCAAUUCUGGCACCAGCAUCCAGUCCUUGCGGCCACAUUCAUAUGUGAAGACGAUAGCCAUUCUCGGGGCGGGGCAUUAUGUGUAUGCAGAUCAACCGGAAGACUUCAACCAGAAGGUCAAGGAGAUCUGUGAGACCGUCGACUGAGCAUACUGGCGGGGACGUGGGGCAGCCUGCGGACCGAUACGGUGCCUCCGCGAUAGCGCACAGUCCACCAUGCAGAGUAAGGACUACAGCAGAAGACCAAGCGGUCUUCUCGACUGUCCUUCGCACACACUUUCUUUGUGGA